AAAAACGGGACCCCGCCAGCCAACCAUCGAUUAUAUCGUGCGCAGGGGGUGGAAACCACCCUCGUUCAAAGCUCGGCGAGAUCGAAAGAGUCGAUGCGGGCCGAGUAUCGUCCCAGUUCUCUGCGAGCCAGUCACCUCUGGCAGUAACCUACAAUCCAGAUUUCAUCCCGAUGGCCCUCGAGUGAGUAAUGCAACUGGCCGAUGGCCCCUCACAAUUUUUAGAGCUGGCGGAAUAUGCUCAAAAUAAACAAGAAAUUGAAAAAGAAGAAGCAUAAGAAAGGUAAGGAUCAGGAACUCUUCACCCAGGAAGAACUAGAACAGUACAAGAAAAAGCUUGCGGACAAGGCCCGGCUUGAGGAGGCUGUUGCCCAAGGUACCAGCGCUGGCGACGACGCCGAGGAAAUUCCUGACGACGUUUUUGACCCAAGAGCCGUCGAAGACAAGCCAGAAGCAGAAAAGCACGAGAACAAAGAUGAAUGGGAGAAGUUUAAGGCACUUACAGCUGGAGUAGAUGACAUCCUAUCUGCGUCUAAGGGAAAAUUAGAAGAAAUAAAAAAGGAAAGUUUCUACCAACGCAAGCCACCUGGGCCUUCAGAGCCAGACAAGAAAAGGCCGCCACCACGACCAGAGGCACCUAAACGACCACCUCGCCCAGCUCUUCCUGAGCAACCUGAACCAGAGGUACUUCAAAUACCGGAGCUUGAAGAAUCUCCUGAAGAAGAGGAGGAGGAAGAGGAUGACAUUUUUGAUACUGCAUACAUUGAUGCAGUAACAAGUGGAGAAAUCAAACUAGCAUACAUCCCUGACAGUCCACCUCCUGAGCCUGAGGACGAUCCAUUUGACACUUCCAUCGUUGAUCAAGUAAUCAAGCCGAAGGAAAUAAUAACAAAAGACGGCAAGAAGAAAACUCUUGUGAGUCUUGGUUGCGCAGUUGAUGUUCUGACUGGAAUUCUUGAUAAGAGCGUUACAAAAGGUGUUGUGCAGACCGGGAGCAUUAAAAAAAGGCGCGUCCAGCCAAGAGACUUGCUUUUAGAAGGCGAGGGAUUUGUUCCAACUGACGAUUUAGUUGUUGAGUCGCCAACAAAGUGUGCUCUAAUCGACGACGAGGCACCUGAGGAUCUUCCAGCGAGUCCUAUUCCAAUUGCGAUAGCACCAGUCUCACCAGCUAAAAAGCCAGAACCUGAGAAAGAGCAAAAAGAGGACAAAAGCGAGCUUUUGAAUUUAGUAGCAGAGUUUGACGUUAUUGGAAAUUCUUCUGCAGAGGAACAGGCUUUUGAAGAAGAAGACGAGGACGACGAAUUUGCAGCACUAGCUGCAGAAUCGUUGAUCAAAAACGCCGAUCCAUUUGACACGAGCGUUGCUACAAAGGCACUAGGAGAAGAAAAGAAACCUCCUUUAUCUCCAGACGUUGACGUUAUUUUGAGUGCUGGUCCUGAGGAUCCAUUUGAUACAUCUCAUGCUGAAAAUUUGGCUCCUGGAAAACUUGAACUGCAAAUAAUCGAAAGUGAAAUAUUAGGUGAGGUUUCUGCUCAGCUUGAGGAAAUCGAUGACGACGAUUUUGACCCAAGAGCUGACGAGAAACAAAGUACAGUAACAAUAUCAAUUUCUGAACCAACUGACACAUCUACCGACGCAAGUUUCCAAUUGCGCCAAGAGCAUAGAGAUCUACUUGGUGGAAGUAGCACCGAUCUUGCAAAUUUGGUGCACGACCCAAUCGAACCAAAGACUGGAGAAGAGGAUUUAGAAGUUGACCCUUUUGAUACCUCUACCGUUGCUGAUCUUGUUCCGGGAAAGCUUGAGCUUCACAUUCUUGAGCAAGAAUUGCUAGACAACGACGAAGACAAAGAAUUUGACCCCAGAGCCGAAACAGAGGGAACUAAUCUAAUUGUUGAGGAAAACUUGGAGGUAGAUCUUGGUGUGAUUGCCAAACCUCUGACACCUCAACCAGAGCAAGAGGUUCCUUUUGAAGAUCCGUUCGACACAAGCAUUGCAGAAAACUUGGGCCCAGGACAAGCUGAACUUAAAUACAUUGAAAGUGAACUUGCUAAUGCUGAGUUCACACCCCAAGUAGUUCCAUCAAUACAAAGAGAGAAGCCACGGCCAAUUGACAUUUUGGACGUUGCUAAAGACGAAGACCAAGCCCCUCACAAACCGCUCACCCCAGCCCUAGAAACAGCUGCACGACCAUUUGCUUUGACUGACGAUCCCUUUGACACAACUCAGGCAACAACGGUUCUUGUGCCUGGGCCUGCAGAACUGCGACAACUUGAGAGUGAACUGAAAUUAGACGAACCACUCCCAGUGGUUACAAGCAGCUAUUUGGACGCUGAUUUCAAUCCACGAGAGGCUGAAGUGCCAGAAGUACCCGAGGAACUCGUAGCACCAAUUGAGCAAGAAAAGCCAGACUUUUUAACAAGUGAAGCAGAACUUGAAGCUCCACACAGACCACUAAGUCCUCAAGAGGCAUCGGCAGCGAUAGAAAAGGAGAUUGAUCCAUUUGACACCUCUUUCGCCAGUACGCUUUUACCGGGAAAAACUGAAUUAAAAUUACUUGAGGAAGAAAUAAUCACAGUAAAAAUGGACUUUGCUCAAGGGGGUAACCCCUUCCUUAUGACCGAUGAGGACUACGCCAUGCCUGCAGACAAUUCAAUGGCCUCAAAUCCUUUCUUAGCGGGUGAUUUCUCAAUGCCCGCCGCUGAUCCAGCGUUGAAUCCCUUCCUCAUGGGUGGCGAUUUUCAGCCAGCAGAGGCAAAUGCUGCCACAAACCCCUUUGCUAUGUUUGGAAUUGAGGAAGACCCACCUCAACCGCAAGCAGCAGUCACUGCACCUGACGCUGAUUUCUUCGGGGGUGAACUUCCGCAGCAGACAAAUUAUUAUGCAACUCAGCCACCAGCUGCUAUGCAAGAAAAUUUGUUCAGUGCAGAAAUUCCCCCACCAAGACCAUCUCCUCCUGCUGUGGUGCCUAAUUCGUUGAAUCUAAAUGGUGCUGCGAUUGAAUACCAACCAGAACCUUUUUCACAGCCACCUCAAGAAGAGGCAUCAGUUCCAAGCAGGCCUCCUCCGCCGCGUCUUGUGCCUCCGUCAAACGAAACAGUUCAGCUUAUACAAAAAGUAACAGGAGCCAUGGAAGCAAAUUCAAGUGACUUACUCGACAGACUCUCAGCAACAAGAACUCCUAGUCCAACACCAAUUCGAGAACUUCAUGCUCUAAGUCCAACUUCUGAUAUGCUCAUUGAAGAACCAGACUUUCUGAUGGACACAAGUCCUGCAGCACCACCUCCAAGUGCUACUAGUAUUGAACAGCCCCAGACUGCUUCAAACUUCAUGGACAUCUUUGGUGGUGGCAGCGACUCAGUUGCUGCUGAAGAAGCACCACAGCAUGUGGAAUCUGCGCAGCAAAUGGAAGCUAUGAAACAAAUGGAAGCUAUGCAGCAAAUGGAAGUUAUGAAACAAAUGGAAGCUAUGAAACAAAUGGAAGCUAUGAAACAAAUGGAAGCUAUGAAACAAGUGGAAGCUAUGCAGCAAAUGGAAGCUAUGCAGCAAAUGGAAGCUAUGCAGCAAGAGUCGGUUCACACAAUUCAAACCGUUGAGCCAGUUGUACCAAGAGCGGAUGUGUUUGGUCUAUUUGGCGAGGCUCCAGCUGAACAUCAUGCACCUCCACCAAGGCCAGUGCCUCCUGCGGUUGUCAUGCAGCUGACACCUCCUGAAGACGCAAAUCUCAUUGGUGAUCUCUCAUCUCCAGGAAACUCAACACACAUUCAGUCCUCUGAGCCCCCAGUGGCCUUUGCCGCAGAGCCAAGGAGACCGCCCCCACCCAAAGUUCCACCACGUCCCAUCAGUCCGGCUGCUCCUCAACCACCAUCAGCUUUCCCGCAACCCAUGAUCUCGCCGUCCAUUGAGGUCGCACCACCGCAACCACCGGUCACAAUACCGGCACCUUUUUCACCACCACGACCAGAACCUGUCGCUCAAGAGGUUCUGCCGGCUCCAGCUGCUGAACCAGACGAAUUCGAUUCAUUUAACGAUGCAUUCUCGGCAAAGUUCGAGAGUGCUGGAAGCGAGAACAAGUCAAGUGACGCGUUCUACAAUGCUUUUGGAGCGUCAGUAGUCAAAGAUGAUGGCGUGGACACGGCCUGGGGAAACGACACCUGGGACGGAGGAGCUGGUGAAAUGGGAUUCGGAGCAGAAGACGAACAAUUUGACUCUUUCUUGGCUAUGAGUGCUCCUCCGGUGCCACAGCCUCCUCCGACUAGACCUAGGCGUCAAGAUUCCGGCGAUUCUGAUGACGCCCCUCACGAUUUUUCUGUCGUCAUAAGAGGACAAGACAAUAUGUCCCUGCAAUAUGGUGGCGCUGUGCCGACCUUAGCACCUCCACCAAAGAGUCCCGUGCAGGCAGCUUACUCGGACAAUACCAUGCGAAUAAAUCCAUUUGAUAACCAGGAAAUGUCAGUUGGAGCAGUAAGCGAUGCUGUUCCUCAAGCGCGGGAGCCACCACAAGAUAUUCCGAUAUCAACAUCUUAUCAACGGACUGAUUCCCAAGAAACGCCACCUACGCCAUUGUUUGACGAGGAUAUGUCGCAGCCCCUGGAGGAAUUUCCCCGAGUGCACUACGUUGGCGAAGGCUGGGAAAUGCAUCUGCGACAGCCAAACAAGAAAAAAAUCACAGGACAAAGAUUUUGGAAAAAAGUCUUUGUCAGGUUGGUGUAUCAAGGCGACAAUCCUGUUGUUCAACUGUACAAUACAAAAGACGACAAAGAUCCGUUCCAGGAACUACCACUGCAGGCCUCAUACUCUAUUUCUGACAUAGGAGCUCAGCAAUUUGAUCAAUACGGAAAGAUUUUCACAGUCAAGCUGCAAUUCGUGUUUUACAAAGAGCGGCCUGGUGUGCGCCCCGGUCAAGUGAAAAAAGCUGAGCGGAUAACAGACAGGCUGACGAAAUUUGCGGCUUAUGCGAUACAAGGGGAUUAUGAGGGUGUGAAAGAAUUUGGAAGCGAUCUGCGAAAACUGGGUCUUCCCGUUGAACAUGCACCCCAGAUUUCCCAAUUGUUCAAAAUCGGCUCGCAAGAUUACGAAACAAUGAAGCAGUUUACAGUAACGAUGGAGGAGGCAUUUUUCAAAAUGCCUGCGCACCGAGACAGAGCACUUACUUAUAAAAUGGAAGAGGUGCAGAUCACGGCAGUUGAUGAAUUGUACCUCGAGCAGGACAAAAAUGGUCGGGUUGGUCGUCAAAUCGCAAGAGUUCGCAUUUUCUUCCUCGGCUUUAUUAAUGGCAUGCCGGAUCUUGAAUUGGGAGUGAAUGAUAUAAAUAGGCAGGGUAAAGAGGUUGUUGGUCGGCAUGACAUUAUUCCGGUCAAAACCGAGGAGUGGAUUCGAUUGGAAGCACUCGAAUUUCACAGUUGUGUCCUUAACAGUGACUACGAGGGAGAAAAAGUCAUCAAAUUCAAGCCACCAGACGCGAGUUAUAUUGAAUUGCUGAGAUUUAGAGUGCGGCCCCCAAAGACAAGGGAGUUACCGCUUCAAACAAAAUGUACAAUUUGUAUCAACGGCAACAGGGUGGAAAUAAAAUGUGACAUUCUUGUACCUGGCUUCUCAAGUCGAAAGCACGGCCAAAUACCUUGUGAGGAUAUAAUGCUACGAAUCCCCAUUCCCGAGAGUUGGAUUUAUUUGUUCAGGAUUGAAAAGCAUUUCCGAUACGGCUCAGUAAAAUCUGCGCACAGACGUACUGGAAAAGUGAAAGGCCUGGAGCGUAUUUUGGGAGCUGUGGACACUCUAGAAACGUCUUUGAUAGAGGUCACUUCUGGCAGUGCAAAAUACGAGCACCAGCAUCAUGCCAUUGUGUGGAGGAUCUCGAGACUGCCCAAAGAAGGCCAAGGGGCUUACACAAACCAUGAACUCGUCUGCAAGUUCACGUUAACUUCGGUCGACCAGAUUCCCGAGGAACUGGCCAAGCACUGUUUCAUGGAGUUCACAAUGCCAUCAACGCACGCCUCGCACACGACAGUGCGUUCGCUGUCGGUGCUUGGCGACCGCGACGAGGACCCGCCGGAGAAGUGCGUGCGUCACUUGGCGCGCUGCGAGUACCGCAUCGAAAUCGAACAAGUGCAGCCGGCCGGUGUCAACGAGUACUUGGCUGUCACCAAAGUGAAGCCGAAAGAGGAACCCGUCGCCGAAGUCCCCGAGAAAGAAUCGGACAGCGACAGUAGUAGUUAAGGAGAUGUUAACCCUCGCGGGUUAACUUUGCCCUUGAAGGCAGCUAAGUGUAGAAAAGGGUGAUCAUUAUCAUAGUCUCUUGUCAGAGCCAUAUAUACUGAAUCACGUUAUAUUUAAAAUAAAAAAAGCACCAAAGUGUAACAUGUUAGUUCUGUAGGUUCCCGUAAUAAGCAAAUUAUUGUAACUCGGCCAAAGUUCAUGAUUGUUGACUUUGAGAGAAGGAUACGUUUGGUGAUAAAUGGAGUGUUCUGAACCGCAUCAAUGCUCUGAUAUGCAGUCAUUAAAAAUUAUACAAAUAUUUAAUCGCUCAUUACCUGCCUAGGUGCGUUAAUUUUAUAAUUAAGAGAGUAAAUUGUAGCUCACGAUAUAAUUUAUAUUGUUAUUGUGUCUAGUUAAUAACCGAUUAAUAAUGAAAUAAGAUGUCAAGGUGAGAUGUACGUCUGGUUCAGUGGACAGUGAAGAUUAAGAGAAAAUAUUAUAUAAGUCAAUGAAUUGCAGACAGGUGGCCAGCGCAAUUGAAUAGUAUGCGGGACUGGUCGUCUUGUCUGUAAUUUACUGACUGCGAUUGUAGAUUGUGUUGACAUUGACUCGACUUUGUUUGUAAAUGUAGCGAUUGAUUUUUUUUAACUUGUACAUUUAAAUAUUUCUUUCAAUUAAUCCCCUAACAAGUUAUUGUCAUCGAAUUAAAUAGCGACCAUUUAGACUUGUUAACUAAUCGAAAUACAUCAGCACAAUUUUUGAAAUGCAAGCUUAGUGUGCUUGUCAGGGGUUGAAUGGCUAUUAUAAAUUUGUUCACACUUUCCCAAUUAUGUGUGGUUCACAACUAUACGAACUGUUUUCAGGACCAGAAUCAAUACUGUUACUGUUAUCGAUGUAAGGCUGAUUUAAUAUAUAAUAUGAAAAAUAUGGUUCACACUCUUUUUGCGGCGUACCGAGUGUGGGAUAUAAUGUUACAGUGGAGUUUGAAAGAAGUUCGAAACCAGUGUGCGACAAUACAAAGUUCUGUGUAAUAUUUUUAGCUGCGCACAGAGUGUAAUGUGGGCAUUGUUUCUCAGGCAAGCCAAUAAUUAGCUCCACGCAGGAUAAAAAGUGAGUUUUUAGUAAUAGGUUUCCUAGGCUUUCAGUUUCAAUGUCAACAAAAUAAUCCAUCAGAAGAAGUAAAUCCGAUUUAUUUAAUGAGGCUCUCUGAGGUAGUUGCACGAAAUUUUGAGUUGAAUUCAAGUCUCGGUUAAAAAUUUUACAAUGGAAUACAACUCGACUGCUUGUUUGAAUGGCCACUGCGGAAACGAAAAAAUGUUUAGAGAUAUUUAUUCAAAAUCAAUAAUCGAAGAAAUUAAAAUUUAGAUUAUUAAAAUUGUAGGAAUAAAAAAAUUCAUGUUGGACAGUAGCAACAUUUAAGGGAAAAAAUUAAAUUCUUGAGAGCAUAGGAUUAAAGUUCCUGGAUGUCCCCAAUGCCCGAACAGGAACCACUAUUUCUCCUGUUUCUGCACCACCAGCAGCACUCUCGAGGGAUCCUAGUAAAAAUCUUAUUUGGCGACGCAAAAGUUGUUUAUAUCCAUAAAUAAAUUGAGCUUUGUAAAUUGCUGAGGAAUAACGUAUGUUAGCCCCGCAUCACUUGUAGAGCCUCAUAAUACAUAUGUGUGGGAUUGCGUACAACCUCCAUGCCACAUCUGCAGUUACUUGAAAUAUUGAUCAAGAAAAGAGCCACUGACUUAACUGAGUGAAGCCCCCUUAGGAUUAAUAGUAAAACUAUAUUAACAGAGUCUAUAUAUAUUAAAAUAAUUGCAAUUUAUGUUGGAAUACUUGAAGUGAUGGGUAAUAAUUACUAAUUGUAAGUAUUAUUAUUACUUUUUAUUUCAAAUUCUCAUUCGCAAUGGUCUCGCACCUUGCGAAGGUCAGCAAUAUACCAAAGAUAUAAAAAUUAAUGUAAAAAGUCCUAAUCUUAAGUGAGGUGAGCGAGAAAUGUUGAGAGUGUGCUAUUAAUUUCCGAUUUAAACUUUUCUGUUACGAAUUCUAUCCUUGCAAGAGAGCUCCGGCAUCUCCAAGGAAUUGAGUCCGAUCUAGUCACAUCAAAUGCUAUCAACGUGUAUAACUAAUUUAUAAGAGGCUUAGUUAUAAGGAUUGUUGCUGAUUGUUGAGUGAAAAUGUAUGAAUAAUGUUUGACUCAUUGAUUUAAAGACCAAAUUGGUUUGGCUUUUGAAGCUUUAAUUUUCCCUACUUCAUAUAAAAGUAUGAAAGAUUAUAUAAUUUGCCCUUUUUUACAUGAUUUGCAAGAUCGGUGUUUAAAUUUUUCGCGUGGUAACUUUUAGCACAACAGAAAUUAGAAAAGUUUCACUUAUAUCCCUGUUAAAUGUUUAAAUUACUCAUUUCAGUGCCUUUGUAUAUUUUUACCGGUCAUGCAUUCACUUUCCUCUGUUCAAUAUUAUGUAACAAGUGCACCUGUUGUGUAGUCGAGAUAUGAAUAUAAGCGACUCUUUGCCGUUAAAGGAAAAAAAUCAUCAUUGAUGUAAAUUUGCAUAUCCAUAAGCAUGAUUUUCAGUAAACGGUGGGCAGGCAUUACCAUGGUUAUGUGAGGGGUAGUUGAGAAUAUUACGAGAGCUGCACGAUAUUAUAAAAGGUGGCACAAUAACGAGAGCUCAAUUACUUUGAAGAAAGUAUUUGAGAAUGGGAAAAAACUACAAUAGUUGUUGUCAUUUAAUCCAUUUAGUCACACUUACAAAGUUCACCCACAUGUAUUACAUACUUCUCUGAAACAGUUGUUUUGGAAGUUGAUGUGAAUUGUUUCCAUUUAAAAUAAGUCGUACUUAACUUGAAAAAAAAAAUACCAUUGUAACCUUUAAAAAGAAAAUUACGCUGAAAAUCCAAUUUAACUGUGCUAGUGAUCAGUGUUAAAGUAUCAUGUACUAUGUACUACGGAGACGAUAUAAAUAUAUAAAGCAUGGGCAAAGUAAGAAUCCAUACGAGCAGUGUUUUUAAUUUACAA